AAAGACUUCCUCUCUACAUUCAUGAUGCAGCUGUUUGGAGCUCUGGUUCUGUUUACGACGCUAUCCACAGCAUGUGGUCUGAGAUGUUACACCUGCACAGCCACCGAGCCUAAAUCCUGCACAGACACCAAAUCUUGUGCCGUCAUCUUCAACCGCUGUUUCUCUCUCAAAGUAGAAGGAUACAACAUGGUUUCCAAGGGCUGUCAAACCAGUAUGAUAUGUGGAGGUUCCAUGGAAUGCUGUGAGGGGGACUUGUGUAACAGCGCCGCACUGACUGGUCCCAGCGUCAUUCUGCUGCUGGUGUCCUCCGCCAUCAUCACACCGUUUCUCUGAAUCUCCAGCUGAGAAUAUGUGGUGGUUUCUAUGCUGCUCUUUUUCUCACUCAGUGUAAAAUUACUUUCGAUUUUAAAAAGCUGUGAAUUGAUCGUGUUCCCUACAAAGAGGUUUUGAAUCAGGACAAACACAAUAUUCCUCAGCAUGAAACUUUUAUUCCUUUUUCUUUAUUUUUAUAACCAACAACAGCUUUGUUAGGAAUCCCUAAUUAAAAAAAAUUAAAGAAUGACAAAACACAACAUUAAAUAUGAACAAGCAGGAGAAAAUAAUAAACACAUUCAUUUGAUGAACCUGAUGAGGAACAAACAAGCAGACAUAGUGAAACUGGGUUAUUGUUGUACCUAUAAUCAAUAAAUAUGACUACAAGAAAAUA